GAAACUGUGGUCAGUUAAGAGAAGCAUAGAAGGAAAACAUGGGGAGAGCUCCUUGCUGUGACAAAGCCAACGUCAAGAGAGGUCCAUGGUCGCCUGAAGAAGACGCCAAACUCAAAUCUUACAUCGAAGAGCACGGCACAGGUGGCAACUGGAUAGCUUUGCCCCAGAAAAUAGGUCUGAAAAGGUGCGGCAAAAGUUGUCGUCUCAGAUGGCUGAACUAUCUUCGCCCAAACAUCAAACACGGGGGCUUCUCAGAAGAAGAAGACAACAUAAUUUGCAGCCUCUAUGUUAACAUUGGAAGCAGGUGGUCAAUUAUAGCAGCGCAAUUACCGGGGCGCACGGAUAAUGACAUAAAGAACUAUUGGAAUACCAAGCUGAAGAAGAAGCUACUGGGGAAGCAAAGGAAGGAGCAUCACGCUCAAGCUCGAAGAGCUGGUGGCCUAAAGCAAGAGAUCAAGAGAGAGAGUGGAGAUAUGAUGUUACCUGUGGGAGUUAUUAGCAGAACUCCUCAUUGGUCAUAUGAACAGAAUUCUUGGCCCAUUCCAUUGGCAAAUGCUUACUCUCAUCUCAACAACCAAACAUCAUCGAUCGUACACAUCCCUGACAGCACAGUCACUGCCAUCAUGAACUCACAAUACUCAUCAUUUGACAUUUCCUUAACACAGGACCAGCUAUAUCCCUCCACAGUGAACACGAUCACCACGGACACGUGUCACACAUCAAAUGUGUUUCAAGGGUUUGGGAGCUUCUCAAGUGAUUUGGCUUGCGUGGACCCGCAGCAUAUAGAUGGAUCAGAAGGGCUUUUUUAUGGUAGCACAAACACGACUUCAACAGAAAGCACUAGCUGGGGAGAUAUAAGCUCUUUGGUUUCUCACUACGAAGCUUGCCAACAAAGAAUACUUCCUCAAGAAGUUACUUUCGAGGGGUCUAGUUACUUUGCAAUGCAAACGUAAUAACAGCUCCGUACCUGGGGAUUUUUCUAUAAAUUUUAUCGCUAUAGCUCAGAAAAAGUGUAUCCAACAAAACCCUAAAGAGUUCACUUUAGCUAAGAAAUUCUCUUUUUUUCUUGUUGUUUCUUGUUUUGUUCCAACUGCUUGUAACUUCUAAU